AUGAUCGACGAGAGCAAAGACGUCACUGGAUUUAUGGCUUUAGGUGACCAUCCGAAUGUGCCCAGUAUCGACGAGGCCGAUUGGGAAAACUGGAUGAGGAAUAUGUUUCAGGAAGAAGACAAUGAUGAUAUAAUAGCGUUGUUAGACCAGAAAUGUCCGCGUUUGAAAGAAAUGUAUGGUGAAUAUUACAUCAGCGAAAUAAUAGGACGUCAUCCAGAUAUGAAACGCCAGAUUAUUGUAGCUGAUCAUCAAGACCGUGCUGUUGGUGUUAUGUGCUUAAAUGCCGAAAUUAAUUACGAAGUUCUACAGAAUACUUAUGAGUUACACGCCUUUUACGGCCUGAGAAAAGCCACGUCAUUGGAGAAAGAAAAGUCAAAACGGAGCAAUGUAUUGCUCAAAACCUUUGGACAACCAAUACUCUUCGGCAAAUGGGGUCCAUUUGACUGCAAUACAAAGGUGAAGCAAAUUAUAGAAAAAGAAUUGUUGAACAAUUUGGACGUGAAAGAGACGAUGUGGACAGUUGAGAACUCGGUCAAUAAGAAGGAAGAACGAAUAUUCGUGAUGGUCAGCGGCAGUUCAAUAGUUGGCCUUGGCGUAUUGGAUGAAGCAUUUAGUGCCUGGUUUAUAAGCAAGAAGUUCACGACUCUACCCAAGGUAAAUGUCGACGCUAGAAUUGUUGUAGUUGGCGCGUCCAGGACUACGAUGGCUUUUCUCAACGCUUUGAUAUUUAGUGUCAAUUUCAUGUCGAAAUAUCAAAUGUUGAACGUUCCUUGCUCGGCUGUCUUCUAUUACGGUCAACACGGAGUGGACGAGGCGGCUUUUGUUGCCAUAAAUAAAAGCGGAAUCGCCUACAAUAAGGGGAUUCUGAUCGAUCACCAGUUCAGAACGAAAGACGAUUCGAUAUAUGCCGCCGGGCCGGCAACCAGAUACAACAGUAAAUACUACGCGGAUGACAAACAACAGAUGUAUUACGACUCCUAUGAAAUUGGCACAAAGCGAGGAUUUGAUACGACUGUUUUAAGGUUGGACUGCGAGAAUAAUGAUGAAAAAUUACCAGAUUUGAAGAUGCCCGAAGUUAUGCAUUGCAUGUUACCUGGCGGGCUGCAAUACUUGGAAGGUCACGUAAUAGAAACCUUCAAGGAAGGCUACUUCAAGCUUCAUCUUACUAAAGAUUUCAUUGUGGAUGGCAUUACGUGUUUAACUCCCGAUAAGCGGCCUUUGGAAAACUUUGCUAACUUGUAUGGUAGAUCAGCCGUUGUACUCAAUAAUGUUUUCCUGCGAUAUACUGCCAAGAAACUGGACAAUCUUUAUGAAUUCUUCCGUUCCCCGUGGGCGUACUUUCUGUACCAUGAUAAAAGUGACGAGCUGUUCGCUAUGGUUAAAGAACUCUUGCCUAAGACUUGCCCGAGGAACGCUAAAGUGAAAAUGCGUUCUACGUUCGAGACGUCGCCGUAUAUGGAGGCGAUCACCGAUUACGUCAUCGGCUGGCUGUCCGAGAACGAGGCACUACUGCCGGUGUAUCUGCAGCCGUGGCACCAGUCGGAGCUCUCGCGGGACAUCGGUUCGAAUCCGGCGUUCAAACGGCGCAAACGCAGCAUCAUAAGGAUGCUGAACGCGAUUUAU